AUGUCCUCCUGCAUCUUCUGUCGCAUCAUCAAGGGCGAUAUUCCCUCUUUCAAGCUAUUUGAGAGCGACAAGACUCUCGCUUUCCUUGAUAUUGGUCCUCUCAGCAAGGGCCACGCUCCUGUUGUCAAGAAGAUUGUCAACGCGACUGGUGCCACUGAUUACAACAUCCUGCAGAACAAUGGCCGCAUUGCUCACCAAGAAGUUGAUCAUAUCCCUAAGCCCAACGAGACCGAGGGCCUCGGCGUUAAGUGGCCCACAAAGCCCGCAGAUAUGGAACAGCUCAAGGCUUACUGUGAGGAGCUCAAGGCCAAGAUCUAG